GCGAGAAGAAGAAGCGUUUGUUUACAAAAUGGUGCAAGGACGUCUGCCGUGUCAUUUGAACCCGUAAAUAUCCCCGGGAAGGCCAUUUAACUGUGUUUUUGGGUCUAAAAUAACACAAAAUUGCACUUGAACUACGUUGCGGUUCCUGGAUCCUAAGCGCUCACUCCACAAACACAGUUGCGAGCAGCACACGACUACACUGUUUAUGAGGUGACGACAGCUAGAACAAAAGAAACCUGAACUACUCACUCCACAUCUGCGUAGAUACUCGAGGUCAAGUGAGCAUUAUGGCAAUUCCUCCACUCUUUCCAAGUCUGAUGCCAAGGAUUGCUGAUCCAGCCUGGUUUCAAGUUGAUAAACCUGUUGAUGUUGCUCAAGAAUUAAAGGAGCAAGAGCAAGUGUACCAAGCGCAGUUGCAAGGAAUAAUGCAAAAGGGCAGUGAAAUAAUCCCCAUUGGAAAGAGUGCUACUGAACAGUACAGCGAAGAUGAGGAGGACGACAAUGACGAUGACUACGAUGAUGACGAUAAUGAUGAUGAUGAUGAAGAGGAUGAUGACUCAGAGAUGAAUGAUGACUACUCUGACCCAAUGUUGCACUGAGUGCAAUUAUUCUAUUGUUUUAUAUUGAUGAAUGGUUAGUGCAUAUCAUUACUGUCUUUUAUUUUUGUAUUUGCUGUAAUUAUACAGUAGUUCUGUUAUUUUCAAAGUCUUUUGUAGCAAUGUCUGUAACAGGUGUCUUUGGGGAAAAUUUUCCCGAUCGUGUGACGUUGACGCUUGCACCAAGAAAUUUAACUCA